AUGAGUGACUCGGAAGAGGACUUCCCCGUGUACGACUUUCUGCAGGCGGGACGACGCGGCUCCCAGGCGAACAGAGCCGCGGAUCUGGUUUAUCUGGACAGCUCCGACACCGACGUCGCAUCCCUCUGCUCCCUGCCCGCUGCGGAGCCCGCUGCCGCCGCCGGAGUCCCCAGUGAGGACGUCAUGAUGCUCAGCAGUGACUCUGAGGAAGAGGCACCCUACGUUCCCUUGGCGCUUAGACUCAAACAGAGGCAGGCACCUGUGGUUAGUAUUGUCAGAAACGCCAACGAUUCUCACCGAAGUCCGCCGUGUCAUCCACAACAACCUCUCCCGGUCCAAACGGGGGUGACAGCUGCAGAGGAGAGGACGGCCCUUAAGUCGUGGCCGCCUCCCACCACAUCCACCGCAGGAACCUCCAAAGCAUACCCGGCCAAGAGCACUGUGGCAGGGCAGUCCAUUCGGACCGGCAGGGAGGAGGUGAACAGGAGGGACAAAGGGGACAAGGAGAACCGGAAGGUGGAGCUUGAAAGGCAGAAGGCGGAGCGCAAAGCCCAGCAGGAGGCUGCCAAGGCCCUGAGGCCGGAGGAGUGUAUCAAACACAUGGUGGUGGUGGUAGACCCAGGUCUGGUCCUGCUUGAGGGAGGAGGUACUCUCCUAACCUCGCUCCAAGAGCUCGGUUGCUCCUGUGCCAUCGAGAAGCAGCCCCUCCCCCGUAGCGUCAGCUGGCUCCGGAGAGCCCCGUCACAGCAGAUAGGUGAAGAGAGCAGCGUACCAGAGGCCCAUGUGGUGAUUCAGAUGACCGCAGACGACUUCAUCGCCCUUGUUCAUAACUACACUCAGGAGCAGAGGCAUGGGAGGACUGGUCAAAGCCCUGGUCUAAGCUGCUGGGUCCAGGAGCAGCAGACCCGGAACCCUGGACGGAUCAUCAGCCUGGCUGUGGUGGACCUAGAGAAGCACUACAGAGCCCAGAAGGCCCACGGUCAGAAGAGGCUCCGGGGGGCGGUGCUGGGUGAGGAGCGCGGCGGCGGGGCCAAGCGGAGCAGGAAGCCCCAGGCGGAGCCGCCCCCCGACGUGUCCCGGAUGGACGUGGAGGAGGCGGUCGUACAUCUGCAGCUGCACACCGGGGUGCAAGUGCGCUUCCUGGCGGCAUGGAAGGACUUUUCGGAUCACAUCGCCAUGACAACCAAAGCUAUAGCAGAGGCCCCUUUCAAGCACGACCGGGAUAACACAGGCUUUUCCUUCUGCCUGGAGAGUGAGUGGGCGGGGGGCCAGAAGGUGGACCGCCUGGGUAAAGGCCUGCUCCAGGUGUGGAAGAGGCAGAUCCAGCAGCUCAACAGAGUCAGCCCCGACAUGGCCUCCGCCAUCCUGGGGGCCUAUCCGUCGCCUCAGCUCCUCAGACAGGCGUACCGGGGUUGCCGGACGGACCGCGAGAGGACCUCCCUGCUGUCGGAGCUCCUGAUUCGCCGAGGGGAGGGCGUGACGGCCACCAGGCGGCGGGUGGGGCCGGAGCUCUCCAGGCGCCUACACCUCCUGCUGAGCUCCGAGGACGCCCAGCAGACGCUGGACUCCACCACCUGACCGCUGAGCAAGACUGUGUGUGUGUGUGUGUGUGUGUGUGUGUGUGUGUGUGUGUGUGUGUGUGUGUGUGUGUGUGUGUGUGUGUGUGUGUGUGUGUGUGUGUGUGUGUGUGUGUGUGCAAAAAAUGUUUUCCUGGAGCGCUACGGUAUUUUAUUUCUCACAUAUUUUAUGUGAGAAACAGAUUUUUUAAGUUAAAACAGAUUUUUUACUUCAUUCAUGUUGAUGCAAUCACUUUGAAUGGUAAUGCAAAUGUGUUUAUUUAAAACAUGUGUAAACAUAAUGUGUAUUGUUUGUGUUCUAUUACUUUAUAGCGCCUCUGUGUAUUAUUAAAUCUAUAAAAUGCAAAAAAGUA